AUGAUCAGUGGCCAGUCCUCUAUAAUAACUGUUUCUCAAGGAAAAUCUUGUAUCACAAAAUCUCUUUCUGUAUCCACAGAGAAGAUGGGACGUCUCCCCUUAGGGAUUAUUUCUCCCUAUGUAAAAACAAGCUCUGGUGGAAGUAUGGAUCCCAUGAAAUUUUAUUGCACCAGCUACGGUGCAGCUUAUGGUCAGGAAGGUUUUCAUCCUCGGAAUGGUUUCCAUUUUGGAGCUGGAUAUAAAACCAACUACCGGCCUGUUGUCCAGUACAGUCCAAACCUAGAUAAAUUAGAUAAUCCAGCUGUGGGGAAACUCCUCCAGGAUAACUAUGAAUCAACAACCACUAAACAUUUCCAGCCUCUUCAACUCCCAGAUGGGAAGUAUCCUCUUCCCUGGAGUGUACAUCAGCCAGGCAGUGGGUAUGUUCGAGAAAAGCCCCUAACUUUUCCCACAACUAAAACAGUCAAAAAAGUCCAUUUUGACACAUCCAACGAAGGACCUGAAGCUGUGAUAGGGCUAGAGCCCAGGCAUGUCCCUGUCCUCCACAACUCGUUUGGAAGAGGCUCAGUUGAGGUGGAAAAUGCAAGAUAUGGACCUCGUUUCAUGUCCACUGAGUAUGGCUCAAAGUUCCGCUUCAACAUUCCAGGACAACCAGAUUUCCUGCAAAAGAAAACAAUUGGAGCCAAAGAAGAGUCAGGAUUUACUGAAGGCUGCCUUGCCAACCCCAUUGUGGACAAACCAACAUCCCAGGACAGCAGUCCUGGGGUCAGCAUUAUGAAGACAGAUUAUCGACCAUCUUCUGUUCCACAUGGUGAUGAGUUUCUACCAGUCCUUUCCAAAGGCUCUGAACGGGGCUCUGGAUUCAGUCGGCAGAAGGAUCUUCGCCUUGGUACUUCAGGGCUUCCACCCAAUGCAGAAGCAUCUGGGCCACUGAGCCACUCUCAGUACCAGGGCCAUCAGCGACAGCCUCAAACCCAAACCAAUCUUCUAGGACGAGAAUAUGUGGGUAACACGGAGCCAACGGGAUUCAGCAUCAACAACCUUAAUUAUGUGACACCUGCACAUGAUCCAAAUCUGCCCAACAAGUUUUUGACCAGUUAUAAUUCCAAGUUUUAUGAAAACAUUCCAAAGGGAGUGGACAGGGAAGGCUGGACCCGAGGAGGGAUCCAACCGCAACAAGCCGGUGGCUUUGCUACCAACUAUCAUGGAACUGACUUAGGCACUGAUCCUAAUGCCACAGAGACUUUGAGGACUGUUCAUCCCCACGUUGGCAGGACAAUCACAACUGUUGAUCCAUUUUAUCGUGAUUCUCCCCAUGAUCGUCGCUUUGCUGCUCUUCAUCAGACAACUGUCCCCAAUUAA